AACACAGCCCUCCGUGCCUGCGUUGCUGGGUAGAUAACACAAAAACAAAAGGAAAGCUCUGUGUCAGAGUUUGAGGCUUGGAAGCAACAGACGGUAUCAUUUGCACGUUAUUCUUCUGCAAAAUCUCUUUUCUAUUGUAAAAUAUGACUGACUGCGAGGCCUGGCUCAACGCAAACCCCAUUGAGGCAGAUGACCUGAGUGACUCUUUUUUAUCUGGAGAAGAAGACAAUGCAGGGUUGGUUGUCAACAAAAACAUAAAAAAUGAGAUAAAUGGCAACUGGUUGACCUCGUCGAGCAACAGCAUCCACGAAGCACGUCUCAAGGCGAAGGCCAAGCGGAGAUUGAGGAAGAACUCCUCCAGGGACUCAGGCCGGGGGGACUCUCUCAGCGAUAAUGGGGAAGUUGUCCGGGGAACCUCUGUGGCCCCCACCAGCCCCAAGAGCAAGCUGCUGGACAGGAAGUCCCGACUGGGCAAGGGCAGAGGCCUGCCAAAGAAAGGAGGGGCCGGAGGGAAAGGUGUUUGGGGCCGAUCUGGGGAAGUUUAUGGACGGGAGGUGGUUGAUCAGAGAGACCCCAACUACGACGAAGCUCAGGAAAACUGUGUGUAUGAGACUGUGGUUCCCCCGCUGGAGGAGAAGGACUUCCAGAAGACGGUCACCCCUAUAGUGCAAGAGUACUUUGAACAUGGAGACACGAAUGAAGUAGCGGAGAUGCUUGCCGGACUGAAUCUGGGUCCCAUGCGGAGCGAGGUUCCUUCGCUGGCCGUGUCGCUGGCCCUGGAGGCCAAGGCCAGCCAGCGGGAGCUCACCUCCAAGCUGCUGGCCAACCUGUGUGGGCCGGUGCUGUCCCACAGCGACAUGGAGAACUCCUUUGACAAACUGCUCCAACAGCUGCCUGAUCUGGUGCUGGACACACCCGGAGCCCCGCAGGUGAGCCUUCUGAGGGGUUAAGAGAUACGCGUUUGU